GGUGGAGCAACGCAUUAGCUUCUAGUAAAUUAGAUACUCUACUGUUCGCCUCGCUAAAUAUAUGGAAACGGAUUAAAUUGAAGUCAAAUUAAGGAAAAUGAUUUUCCAUAUUCCUCCUCGUUCCCGCCAAUUGUUCCACAAAACAAGUUUGACUGUGCAGACAGUGGUGAGAUUAUGGAAUUUAAAUUUGCACUCUCAGACAACUGGCCUUUGUGUCGAAUCUGGUUUUAGUUCCUCGUGUAAAUCAGAAGAACUGCAUUCUAUUUCAACUGCAAAGCCUCCUCACAUGCCUGUCAUGAUCAAAGAGGUGCUUCACUACUUGGACAUCCACCCUGGUCAUGUUGUCCUCGACAUGACAUUUGGCGGUGGUGGUCAUACCAAAGCAGUACUUAAAGCCAUUUCUGAUGUUACUGUCCUGGCUUUAGAUCGAGAUCCUAUGGCAAUUUCCCUGGCCGAAGAAUUGGCAAAGGAGAACCCUGGCCGUGUUAAACCAUUUCUUGGACUAUUCAGCGAGCUUGAAUCCCUGCUCUCUUGCGUCAACGUAAAAGCUGGAAGUAUUGAUGCUGUCCUAUUGGAUGCUGGCUGUUCUUCAAUGCAGCUCGAUCAAGCCGAAAGAGGUUUCUCACUCAGCAAGGAUGGGCCCUUGGACAUGAGAAUGGAUGGAGUGAGGUUCUCCGACAUGCCUUGUGCUGCUGACGUGGUGAAUACCUUAGAUCAACAGGCUCUUGCUUCUAUACUCACUGCAUAUGGUGAAGAGAGACACGCUAGGAAAAUAGCUUCUGCCAUUGUGGAGGCACGCCGUGUCAACCCCAUCACCCGGACACAGCAGCUUGCAAGUGUGGUUGCAGGAUCUUUUCCUUCAGCGGCUGUCUAUGCCCGUAAGGACAGACUCCAUCGACCUGCGCAUGUGGCUACGAAGACCUUUCAGGCUUUGCGCAUCUUUGUGAAUAAUGAGUUGAACGAACUUCACGCUGGUCUGCAAGCAGCACAGACAGUACUGAGAUCUGGAGGACGUCUCUGCGUCAUCACAUUUCACUCACUGGAAGACAGACUUGUGAAGCGCUUCCUUCAGGGGGAUGAUCUGUCCAAUUUUGAACACUCUCACUUUGGCCUGUGGAAGCAAAGGACAGGAAAAUCAGCAGGGAUGAAAAAAGAUGGAAGUGGUUUUUGGCAUCCUUUGUCUAAAAAGGUGAUCACCCCAGAAAAAGAUGACGUGAAAGAGAAUGCUCGAGCUCGCUCUGCAAAACUAAGGGUAGCCCUCAGAUGUUAAUUUGUUAUUUUAUUCUUUUUGGUCACACUUUACAAUAAUGGUCCCUGAAUUAACAUUAGUUAAUGCAUUUUUAGACAAUGUUUAAGUAAUAUUCAUAUAAUCCCUUAUCAAACAUUAAUUCGUUAAUUAACAUUUGUUAAUGCAAAACCAGACGGUAACUAAACUAAUGGUUAAGGAACAUUAAAAAAAAUAAUAAUGUAAUACAAUACUUUACAUUAACUCACAUACACAUUAGUGCAAUAUUACACACUUAUUAAUGUAUCCUAGUUCGAGUAAGUGAAUAUAUUCUUCUAAAUUGAGAAACAUUGCUCUGUCAGUCAUUAGUUGCUCCGAACCUAACUUUAAGUACGGUAUUAUGUGGAGCACAUGCGUCCCUAACUAAGAAAUUAUAGACCAAUUAAUUCAUUCCUGAAUGUUUUUUUUGGACCCUGAUUGGAAAGUGGACCACAUGUAACCCUUGGGUAGCAGAUAUGCUGAACCAUUAAUAGUUCAAAUGAAUGAAAUUGAGGCAAUCACAAGCAAAUACUUGUACAUAUUUUAUUGAAAACAGACACUAUCAAGGUGGCAUCUUAUGCAUUAACUAAUGUUAAUAUAUUGACUUAAACAUUAAUUACUGUCUAAAAAUGCAUUAACUAAUGUUAAUAAAGGGACUUUUGUUAGGUUUUAAAAAAAUAAUAAUCAUAUAUAUAUAUACACAUAUAUAUACACAUGUAUACAGUGGUAUGAAAAAGUAUCUGAACCUUUUGGAAUUUCUCACACUUCUGCAUAAAAUCACCAAAUGUGAUCUGAUCUUUGUCAAAAUCACACAGAUGAAAAUGCAGUGUCUGCUUUAACUAAAACCACCCAAACAUUUAUACGUUUUCAUAUUUUAAUGAGGGUAGCAUGCAAACAAUGACAGAAGGGGGGAAAUAGGUAUGUGAACCCUCUGCCUAAAGAGGCUUAAAGAGCAAUUGAAACCAAUUUUUACCAAACAUUUUAAGUCAGGUGUGUGCCCAAUCACCGAUGAGUGAUUUAAAGCUGCCCUGCCCACUAUAAAACACACACUUGGUAAGAAAUGUCUUGAUGAGAAGCCUUGUCUGAUGUGCAUCAUGGCUGGGUCAAAAGAGCUGUCUGAAGACCUGCGAUCAAAGAUUGUUGAUUUGUAUAAAGUUGGGAAAGGAUAAAAAACCAUCUACAAAAGUCUGAAUGUUCAUCAGUCAACCGUCAUAGAACUUGUCUACAAAUGGAGAAAGUUUGGCACUGUUGCUUCUCUCCCAAGGAGUGGCCGUCCACCAAAGAUGACGGCAAGAGUUCAGCGCAGAAUACUCAGAGAGGUAGAAAAGAACCCUAGAGUGUCUGCUAAAGACGUAUAGAAAUCACUGGCGCAGGUCAAUAUCUCUGUGCACACAUCAACUAUAUGUAAAAUAUGGCCAAGAAUGGUGUAUGGGAGGACUCUACGGAGGAAGCCACUGCUGUCUAAAAAACAUUGUUGCUUGUUUAAUUUCGCAAAAAGGCACUAGGACACUUCACAGACGUUUUGGCAAAAUAUUUUGUGGACUGAUGAAACCAAAGUUGAAUUGUUUGGGUGUAGCACAAAACGUCAUGUGUUGAGGAAAAAUGGAACUGCUCACCAACAUCAGCACCUAAUCCCCACUAUGAAGCAUGGUGGAGGGAUCAUCAUGAUUUAAGGCUGUUUUGCUGCCUCAGGGCCUGGACAACUUGCAAUCAUUAAUGGAAGAAUGAAUUCAAAGGUUUAUCAGGUUGUUUUGCAGGAAAAUCUGAGGCCAUUUGUCAGACAGUUGAAGCUAACUAAGCUAAGGAUGGAUGCUGCAACAAGACAAUGAUCCAAAACGCAGAAGUAAAUCAACUUCAGAAUGGUUUCAGAAGAACAAAAUACACGUUCUGGAGUGACCAAGUCAAAGUCCAGACUUGAACCCCAUUGAGAUGCUGUGGCAUGACCUAAAGACAGCAACUCAUUCAACACAUCCCUGGAAUCUGACUGAACUAUAGCAGUUUUGUCGAGAAGAAUGGACCAAGAUUAGUCCUGAUCGAUGUGCCAGACUGAUCUGCAGCUACAGGAAGCGUCUGGUUGAAGUUAUUGCUGCCAAUGGGG